GGCUUUGCCCCCGCCCUGGGCCUCCCCGCCGCGGCCCUGUGCCCCAGUCAGGCAGGGCGCUGCGGCCGCCGGUCCUCUUGGCUCUGCCGCUGCCCAGAGCUGGCAGGUCCUUUUCAGACAGGGUGUGGGGACCCCCCCAGAGAGAGUGGCUGGCCUCCCUCGGUGCGUUGCCUUGAGGACAGGGGGUGUUCCUUGAGAAUUUGCUGCUGCUUUUUUUUCUGGGCUGAGUUCCUGAGCAAGGUUGGGUGACAGGUUUGAGCUGAAAACGUUCAUAUAGAAAAAGUGUAAGGCAGUGACCAAUGCUUCUGGACCAGGCAGGUGUAACAGGGAAAGUAUGUAUGUAUCCAUAGCUCAAGUGUUGUCUGUUGUUUUCACUUGAAGUUGUGUGUUGUUUUUGGUUUUUUUUACACAGCCAGUAUUUUUGGUAUUAUACUGAAGCCAAUGCAGCAAAACCACACAUAAUAAAUACAAUACAAGUUGGGAUUGAUCAUGAAGACCUUUUGUGGAAGAGCUAAUCCAACCACUGGUGCAAUGGAGUGGUUAGAAGAGGAUGAGAACUAUGACUAUCAUCAGGAAAUUGCACGGUCACGCUAUGCAGAUAUGCUUCAUGAUAAAGACAGAAACACAAAGUAUUACCAAGGUAUUCGUGCUGCAGUGAGCAGAGUAAAAGAAAGGGGUGAGAAAGCAAUUGUUCUAGACAUAGGGACUGGCACAGGACUCCUGUCUAUGAUGGCAGCUUCAGCAGGUGCAGAUUUCUGCUAUGCUAUUGAGGUUUUCAAGCCCAUGGCCAAUGCUGCUGUGAAGAUAGUGGAGAAAAAUGGUUUUCGUGACAAGAUCAAGGUAAUCAACAAGCACUCCACUGAAGUCACAGUUGGCCCAGACGGAGAUAUGCAAUGUCGUGCAAACAUCCUGGUAACAGAAUUAUUUGAUACAGAGCUGAUUGGAGAAGGAGCUUUACCAACGUAUGAGCACGCACACAAAUACCUUGUACAGGAAGGAUGUGAGGCAGUGCCUCACAGGGCAACAGUGUAUGUCCAGUUAGUGGAAUCCAAAAGAAUGUGGUCCUGGAGCAAAUUGUUUCCUAUCCAUGUCGAAGCAGAGGAUGGUGAAAAAAUUAUUGUCUCCCCUUCAGAAAUGGAGAACUGUCCAGGUGUUCCGUCUGUUUGUGAUAUCCAGCUGAACCAGAUGCCUUCAAGUGACUUCACUGUCCUUAGUGAUGUGGUGACAAUGUUCAGUGUGGAUUUCAGUAAGCCAGUAAGGAGUGCUUCUACCUCCUAUAGAGUGCAGCUGAAACCUGUAAAAUCUGGCAAGGCACAAAUUGUACUUUCCUGGUGGGAUAUUGACAUGGACCCUUCUGGGAUGAUAAACUGCACAAUGGCUCCAAACUGGGUAAAACCCACUGCUGCUUUCCAGUGGAGAGAUCACUGGAUGCAGUGUGUGUAUUUCCUUCCAAACGAGGAGCCAGUUCUCCAGGGUGAGAAGGUGUACCUGACUGCCUGUCGUGAUGAGUACUCUGUGUGGUAUAAGCUGCAGAAAGACAGAGGAGAAGAGGAGAAUAAAUCAGAUGUUCGUGUUGAGAGUCCUGUUUGUAGAUGUCAGGCUCAUCUUCUUUGGAACAGACCACGCUUUGGGCAAUUAAAUGAUCAUAACCGAACACACCAAUACAUCAAGUCUUUGAUGAAAGUUCUGAAAACAGAUAGUGUUUGCCUCUGUAUCAGUGAUGGCAGUCUGCUGCCUGUGCUGGCUCACUAUCUUGGAGCAAAGCAGGUGUUUACAUUAGAAAACUCUGCUGUGUCCUGUUCCGUCAUGGAAAAAUACAAAAGAAUGAAGUUUUUUAAAGCAAAUCAUCUUGAAGAUAAAAUUAAAAUAAUAGAAGCACGUCCUGAGUUGCUGACCUCUUCUCAUUUGGAAGAUAAAAAGAUUUCUGUUCUUGUGGGAGAGCCAUUUUUUACAACAAGUUUGUUGCCGUGGCAUAACCUGUAUUUCUGGUAUGCUAGGACAGCUGUGACCAGCCACCUUACCAGCAGUGUCACUGUCCUACCUCAGUCUGCUUCUUUGCACAUGAUGAUUGUGGAGUUCCAGGACUUGUGGAGAAUCAGGAGUCCAUGUGGCACCUGUGAAGGUUUUGAUGUCCGUACUAUGGAUGAUAUGAUUAAAAAUUCUCUGAAUUUUAGGGAAUCCAAGGAAGCAGAACCUCACCCUCUGUGGGAAUAUCCUUGCAAGUCACUCUCUGACCCCGAGGAAGUUUUGACAUUUGACUUCAGAAAGACUGUACCACAACACUGUCUCAGCACAGAGGGUUCUAUAAAGCUUUUACGGAAAGGAAAGAGCCAUGGAGCAGUUCUGUGGAUGGAGUAUCAUCUUGCUGCUGAUAUCUCCAUUAGUACAGGACUGAUGCAAAUUUCAAAUGAAAAGGGUAACUGUGAAUGGAAUCCCCACUGCAAGCAAGCUGUCUAUUUUUUCAGUUCUGUUAUUGAAUCAGAAACUCUGUCUGACCUUCCUAGUGCUGUCACAUAUGCUAUAAAUUUUGACACAAAGACAGGAGACAUUGCCAUGGAUUUUAAGCUACUGUAAAAUACUUUCCUUUUACUCAUGUUCCUAAAUUAUAAUAAACUUAUAUAGUAUUUUUUUUUUGUAUGGCAGAGAUAUUUUUUUAUUGUGCUCAGAGACCAAACUGACCGUUGUGAAAUAUACUUUAAACAUUUUUGGGUUUGUUUUCAAAAUAUAUAGUUGCAGAGCUGAUGAGGAACUUUUCCUUAAGGACAGGUAUUCCUGGCAGGGUUUAUAUACAUAAACACACAUACUUGCUAUCA